UGUUCCGCUAGCCAGCCAUAGCUGGUCAUUGUUUUUGUUAAGUUAACGAAGUGAAAGCAAUAAAGCUAGAAAGCAGUGUUUGCCUCCAACCGAGGCAGGGCCCAGUGGGUCAGACUGCUUGAGUAAUGUGGUUUAGUUUCUCUCGGGAAGAUGGAUGAAAGGUCCACCAACCACCACCGGCUCUUGAUUGCCCUGGUGAUAAUCUUGCUCUUUGGCGUUAUUGUGCUUCAGUACCUUUGUCCUAGCUCCGAUUGCCAACUGUUGCACGUAGGAUCAUUCCCCUCCAACUCGGGCAGCAAUGCCAUCGGGUCCCAGGGAAACGACAUUGGCCUCAGUGGACAGGACACAUACGUCGCUGAGGACUGUGUCCAAGCCCGUUUUGUUCCCCGCUUCAAUUUCACUUCUGCAGACCUCAGUCGACUCGUAGACUUCAAUAUCCAGGGAGAUUAUGUUAUUGUUUUUCUACACAUUCAUUAGACAGGGGGCACAACAUUUGGUCGACAUUUAGUGCGUAAUAUUAAACUCGAGAGGCCUUGUGAGUGUCAUGCUGGCCAAAAGAAAUGCACCUGUUACCGGCCAGGAAAAAGGGAAACGUGGCUUUUCUCUCGGUCCUCCACUGGCUGGAGCUGUGGUCUUCACGCAGACUGGACCGAGCUGACCAACUGCGUGCCUUCUCUCAUGAACACGCGCGAGCCCCCCAAGAAGCCUACAGUUCCCAGCCGGAACUACUACUACAUCACCAUCCUGCGUGACCAGGUGUGGCGUAACCUGAGAGAGUGGCGGCACGUGCAGCGCGGUGCCACCUGGAAGGCCUCCCUGCACGUGUGUGACGGGUGCGCCCCCACGCUGGCCGAGUUGCCCAGCUACGACCCCGGGGAUGACUGGUCCGGCUGCUCCCUGCAGGAGUUCAUGGACUGCCCCUACAACCUGGCCAACAAACGGCAGGUCCGCAUGCUGGCAGACCUCAGCCUGGUGGGCUGCUACAAUGUCUCGGCCAUGAGCGAGGACGAGCGCUGGGCUGUGUUAUUCGAGAGCGCCAAGCGGAACCUGCGGGGCAUGGCCUUCUUCGGCCUGACAGAGAACCAGAGGGAAACCCAGUACCUGUUUGAGAGGAUCUUCUGCCUGGCGUUCAUCUCCCCCUUCACCCAGCUCAACGGCACGCGUGCGGCCAGCGUAGAGGUCGUGUCUGAGACGCAGCUCCAGGUCCGCCAUCUGAACCAAUGGGAUGAGGAGCUGUACGAGUAUGCCCGUGACCUGUUGCUCCAGCGCUUCCAGGUGGCCCGGCAGCAGGAGAGGAAACAGGCCAGGGAGAGGAGGCAGCAGGAGAGGAAACAGGCCAGGGAGAGGAUGCAGCAGGAGAGGAAACAGGCCAGGGAGAGGAGGCAGCAGGAGAGGAAACAGGCCAGGGAGAGGAGGCAGCAGGAGAGGAAACAGGCCAGGGAGAGGAGGCAGCAGGAGAGGAAACAGGCCAGGGAGAGGAGGCAGCAGGAGAGGAAACAGGCCAGGGAGAGGAGGCAGCAGGAGAGGAAACAGGCCAGGGAGAGGAUGCAGCAGGAGAGGAAACAGGCCAGGGAGAGGAGGCAGCAGGAGAGGAAACAGGCCAGGGAGAGGAGGCAGCAGGAGAGGAAACAGGCCAGGGAGAGGAGGCAGCAGGAGAGGAAAGGCCAGGGAGAGGAGGCAGCAGGAGAGGAAACAGGCCAGGGAGAGGAGGCAGCAGGAGAGGAAACAGGCCAGGGAGAGGAGGCAGCAGGAGAGGAAACAGGCCAGGGAGAGGAGGCAGCAGGAGAGGAAACAGGCCAGGGAGAGGAGGCAGCAGGAGAGGAAACAGGCCAGGGAGAGGAGGCAGCAGGAGAGGAAACAGGCCAGGGAGAGGAGGCAGCAGGAGAGGAAACAGGCCAGGGAGAGGAGGCAGCAGGAGAGGAAACAGGCCAGGGAGAGGAGGCAGCAGGAGAGGAAACAGGCCAGGGAGAGGAGGCAGCAGGAGAGGAAACAGGCCAGGGAGAGGAGGCAGCAGGAGAGGAAACAGGCCAGGGAGAGGAGGCAGCAGGAGAGGAAACAGGCCAGGAAGAGGAGGCAGCAGGAGAGGAGAAGGCUCAGAGGGAAGCUGGGGUCAACCAGGCUGGGGAUGGGGAGGCCGGUGGCCGAGUGGCCCAGCGAUAAGCCCCAGUGGACAGAGACCCAGGCUGGGGAUGGGGAGGCCGGUGGCCGAGUGGCCCAGCGAUAAGCCCCAGUGGACAGAGACCCAGGCUGGGGAUGGGGAGGCCGGUGGCCGAGUGGCCCAGCGAUAAGCCCCAGUGGACAGAGACCCGGGCUGGGGAGGUGAUCACCACCCAUCUAUGACCACCCUCCCCAGAAAGGAAGCAUCAGAAGAGGGGAGGUGGAGAGCCUGUAGAGGCUGAGGUGCAGCUGCCAGACUGGUGGGGUCUGGAGGAGAACAGCACCAUUGAGGACAACAUGGAUAAUGUGAAACAGUGGCGGUAGUAGUUAGAGGACCAAGUUAGAGAAAGAGGGAAGGGUUGAGCCUUUUCUAUACAGACAUUAUGGGCGCUUACUGCAAAGGUGCACUUCUUCACAUCCCUCCAUGGAUUUGAAAGGAAAUGACUGGUAUUAGAAAAAGGUGUUUUUAACCAUGCCUACACCAAUCCCAUGCUAUAUGAGGGUAGUAGUGAACAAAUGCACACUUCGGGAACAAGGAGAUAUGGGAUACACACAUUCUCAAAACUCUCCACUAACAGCGUACAGCUCCCUUUAGCCUGCAUCCGAACCUUUAGUCCAUGGACAGUUUUACAUUUAGCAAAACGUGCUUAUUUUCCUUCAUUGUCAUUUGUUUUUGUGUACUUCACUAACCCACAUUGUGGUCAUGACAUUUCAUAGAGAAAAUCCAGGGCUCGUCACAAUUGGCAUCCUAUCCCCUAAUAUAGUGCACUUUUGACUAGAACCCUGGUCAAAAGCUGUGCACUACAUAGAGAAUAGAGUACCAAUUGGGACAGGGGGACUACCAAUACCAUGCACCUCUCAAUCCCCCAAGCCUUCCGAUGAAAGCUUACAGUUCUCGUGCAGAACUGUUGGUUAUAUACCAGGGGGAAAAAAAUAUUUUCCCUGAUAGUCAUUUUGAUAUUGAUUUUAAAAGCACAUUUUUGUAACGGAUUUUGUUUCAAAGAGAAUAAGCACAUUUUUUCCCCUGGCUGUUUUUGUAUUCAUAUUAUGCCACAAUUUUGUUGUGAAUUGUGUAGGUAAAGCUGUUGAAUGAUUUGUCAGAUGACAUGCAGCUCACAAAUGACUGAGAAAGACUUGAAGUGACAGAAGAAUAAAAUAAAAGUCUCACUAAAUGAGAUUGUAAUAAUGACCUCAAUCAGUAGCACAGUAUGUAUACUCACUUAUUUCUGUGCUGUCCUUGUCUCCUCUUUUGUAUAUAAAAGAAAAAAUAUUCACUGGU